AAGUCUCUUGCUGCAAGACGUUAUUUCUGUUAGAUACUCUACAAUGGUUAGCGGACUCAUUUCCGCUGCAAGUGGUAGGCCUCCUGCUCCUCGUGUGAAUACUAGGAGUGGUGGAAGGCGUGGGUCCCCUGUACGUGAGGGGGACCGAAACUCUUCAUCUCAGCAUAGAGAACGAUCUCGUUCUCCUCGUCCUGGCGGAGGUAACGGCGCAGUUACCGCUUUGGAUUUGCUGAGUGGCGCGCGUCAAGACCCUGUUCAGCACGUCGAAAACGCGGCAGGGGACGCGGAUCGUAACACGUCACGCAAAUGCGAUUUCCCCCCCGGAUUUCAAGGCGAGCGGCGUAACGAGCAGAACCGCGUCGACACGAACCCGACUGCCGAAAACGCCCCCUCCCGGCCCCCACCUACCGAACGCAAUCAUGACGGUCCUGCGCGCGAGGACCACAAUCAUGAUCGUGAUACUGCGCGCGCAGGGCGUCAUCAUGAGCGCGAUCUCAACGCCCCAGCGCCCCAGAUUCGCCAGGAUCGCCAGGAUCGGGACCGGGAUCGCGCAGAUCGCCGCUCAGAUUUUGCUCCUGCCGCAGUGAAUCCGCGCGGGAUUCCGCAGAUCUCGACCCCUGGAGCAGCAGAAAUCGCCGAAAUGAUUGCGCGCCUGGAUCCUGCAGCCCAGCGCAAUCUCCAGCGAAUCUUCACAGGAGCUGCUGGCGCGCUCCACUGCAUCUACAGCGCCUCAUUCUGCAGAACAUAAUUCUGCUCGCUACACCGACAACAAUGUUAACGCCGGCACCAACAACGAGGCCAUUCACCACGUUCUUGGUCUUCUCGCGGCGCUCCAGCGUGGCAAUGGCGCCGAUCCCGCACCGCCACCGGAACCAGCACGCGUCGCAGCGACGGUGGCCCCACGCUCUCGCCUCCCGGCGCCCGCCCCCGAGCCCGUUGACGACGAAAUGGACGAGGAAGCACCCCAUGCCACGCUCGACGAAGUUGCGCUCUUCCUUAGUUAAAAGCGAUGGAAUUCGUACGCAACUUUUUAGUUUUGAGCGCAUUCAAGCUAUUGCACGUCAUGCUAUCUCGGUUUUACCACUUGACGGUGGAGAACAAGCCGCCGACUAUCUCCAGCAGAUAGUAGAGGAGGCGGAAGAGAAGAUUCAUUUUUUGUUUACCGCCGAUCAACGCGGUUUCGAAGUGGCCAAUAUGGCCCUUAAGAUUAAGUAUGGGGAAGUGGUAGAGGAUAAGAAUGUGAAGGCCGCUUCUCAGAUUGUAGCGGCCAGCAAGAAGAGGCCCACUCGGCCCACCCAUCCCACCUCCCGUCCUGAACCCCUCUUCGCCCUCGCGGCCAAGGGGAGCGCCUUUGGAACACAUGGCGUAGGGACGGCGACGGCCGUUGUUUCUAUUGCCGUGAACCCGGGCAUGGGAUGGCUAAUUGCCCCCAAAGGGGCCAAGGGGCCAAUCGGCCAGCUAAGAUUGUGUAAAGUUUGCUUAACCUCUCCGAUACCAUGCCGGUGCUUUGCAAUUCACCUCUUUCGCCGUAGGCGCAGUGGCCGAGCUUCUCGCCACCGGCGCAGCUCGGGUCGUUCCUCCUUCCACAACCCUCACAUGCGUUAGCCCCUUAAACGUGAUUGUCCAACCCUCAAAAAAGAGACUGAUAUUGG